AUGAUGGCGAAUUUCAAGAACCUUUUCUUAUCUUUCUUCUUGGUCGUGGCCCUUGGCCUGGCUCUCGUCCACGCCAGUGAGGCUCGUGGACCGAAGAUUACCAGCAAGGUUUAUUUCGAUAUUGAGCAUGGUGAUGAGAAAUUGGGCCGAGUUGUCCUUGGACUGUACGGCAAGACCGUCCCUGAGACAGCAGAGAACUUCCGUGCUCUCGCUACUGGUGAGAAGGGCUUCGGAUAUGAAGGGUCCACCUUCCACCGCGUGAUCCCCCAAUUCAUGAUUCAGGGUGGUGACUUCACCAAGGGUGAUGGCACUGGAGGAAAGUCUAUUUACGGUGCGAAGUUCAAGGAUGAGAACUUCAAACUGAGACACACCAAGAAGGGAGUCCUGAGCAUGGCCAACGCCGGCAAGGACACCAACGGCUCCCAGUUCUUCAUCACCACUGCCAUUACCUCUUGGCUUGAUGGCAAGCACGUCGUCUUCGGCGAGGUUCUCGAGGGUUAUGACAUCGUCGAGAAGGUUGAGAGCGUCCCGACGCGCGCUGGCAACAAGCCCACCAAGGACGUCAAGAUUGUUAAGAGCGGCGAGCUUGAGCUUGAGGCCGAUGCCAGCGCGGAGGAAGAUGAUAGCAAAGGUAGCCACAAAGAGCUAUAG